CAACAUUGAUCGCACAAUCGUUGUGCUACACUAAUACUUUGACAUCGAUUUGGCCUGACUUGUCAACAAUUUACACAAUAUUACCCCGAAAUAUAUAUCGAAAAACAAUGUCGGCUAUUUUUCACUUUUCUGGAAUGUUGUCUGUGCUGCUGUUACUCAUCUGCACCUGCGCCUUUGUGCGCUCCGUGGUGCCACAGCUACUCGAUACUCAUCGGACAGGAUGGAAGGGAGUCUUUUGGAAGAUGGCAAGGAUUGGAGAGCGUCUCAGCCCCUAUGUGGCAGGGGCCUGUAUCGUGCAGGCCUUUGUCGUGCUCAUGGGCAUCUGACGAGCGGCAGCAGCUGAAGGAUGGGAAGAGGCGAUGGCAGCAGUAGGCCUCAAACGACGGGAAGAGCUGCAGCCGUAGGAGGAGGCAGAGGCCGACUGACCAACGAUUGGCUUUUUGCAGCUGUAAUCAAUAUGCAAACAAACCAUUUGCCACAAUAAUUACAAAGUAAUGCAGCGCCCGGCGCGAAAUGUAAAAAUAAACGCCAGCUGCCCCGCAA